AUGGCUCGACAUGGUAUUGAAAGAGAGGACUCUGUGACGUCUGAAUUAGCCAGAUUGGAGAGGAUAUUCUCGCAUCAUAGGAUCAACCAUGAUACAGUGCUGAAAGAUGCACUUCAGUUUAGCAAUGAACGAGUCACUAUCAUUAAUGCGAACCCAGCAUCUAAGGAAUUUGGUUUUUGGUUCAUUGUUUCUUGCUAUUUCCCAGUCAUUACUGCAUGUCUUGGUCCAGUUGCAAAUACGAUUUCAAUUGCGUGCGCGGUCGAUAAAUGGAGAGUGAACUACUUUUACGUUGAAGGUGGGGGUGAUAAAGUUUUCACCCAUAUCGAUGAUCCCAGAGGUGUCUUUGCUGUUAAUAUAAUUUCAUUAGUCAUUGGAUGCUGCUCCAAUGCGGUAUUGUUUCUACAUUUUGCCCGGAAACUUAGCUACCUUAAAUCUCAAAUUAUAAAUAUAGUAGGGUGGACUCUGGCUGGAGGAAUGUUAAUGAUUGACGUGAUAGUGCUAAGCACUCAUAAUAUUGAUGAAACAUAUCAAGAGAAAACCAUAGGAUUUUGGUACGCUGCAAUUACAUCUGGAUUGUAUCUGUGUUGUACUUUAACUUUGUCAAUCCAUUUUGUGGGACAUAAGCUACAAAAAUAUCCUGCUCAAUUUAAUUUACUACCCAAUGAAAGAAGUAUUAUGGUUUUUACUGUUAUUUUAUCAAUAUGGCUUAUAUGGGGUGCUGGUAUGUUUUCAAGACUACUACAUAUCUCUUACGGCAACGCACUAUACUUCUGUACCGUUUCUUUGCUAACUAUUGGUCUCGGUGAUAUUUUACCAAAGUCAACUGCGGCGAAAUGUAUGGCGCUGGUAUUUUCCAUGACAGGUGUGCUGAUAUUAGGUAUUAUUGUCUUUAUGACUAGAUCUAUUCUACAGACCUCCGCAGGUCCUAUAUUCUUCUUCCACAGAGUUGAACAUAGGCGUGUAAAAGCUUGGGAAAAAUUGACUAGAGGUGAUUGUACACUUACUGACAAAGAGUGUUUUGAAUUGAUGAUGAGUAUACGACGCACUUCAAAGAUGAAAGGUCAUAUAUAUUCAUUAAUGAUCACGAUCAUUAUUUUCAUACUUUUCUGGAUAUUGGGUGCCACUGUUUUUUACUUUGCUGAGGGAUGGACUUACUUCAAUGCUGUGUAUUUUUGCUUUCUGUGCUUAUUGACUAUUGGCUAUGGUGACUAUGCUCCUGAAACUGGUGCAGGAAGAGCAUUCUUUGUUCUUUGGUCAAUCGGAGCCGUCCCCUUAAUGGGUGCCAUACUAUCUACCGCUGGUGAUUUAUUAUAUGCCAGUUCCGAGUCGCUUGAUGUCAAAUUAGGUAAAUGGUUAAAAAAUAGCGUUAAAACAGUGCUGAUAGGUCCCAAUUUAACCAAAAAACAAUCAUAUACUUCUUCCUCUCCCUUAGAGGAACAAGCAGAGGUUAAUGAGUUCAACUUUGGAAACGAUGAUGGAAUUGGAAUCAUAGAUUCCACUUUCAAUAAUGACGAAGACAGUCAGUCGACAGUUUCAGACAACAUUGGGGAUCCAAUAAAUAUCAGAAUGGCCAGCUCUAAUAAUAAUAAUAAUGUAGAUGGCUUGCAUACUCUUGCGGCUGCUAUAUCACGUUCAUCAAGUUAUCGCAGGAAAGGAGCUUCAAGUGGCAGUAAUAGAAGGAGAAAUAACUCUAUAAAAGACGAAGUGGAGAAAUGCAAUAGAGAGGAUGAAGUGUUUGAAGGAACAGAUCUCUUUGGAGAUAUAAGAACAGAAAGAGAGAAGAUAACAAGGCUAAAUCAGCUAGUGAAAGUUCUUAAGAGACUGCAUGAAAUGUCUCUUAAUGAUAAAGACAAGAAACUCAAUUACAAUGACUGGAGUAAAAUACAUCACCUGGCUUUAAAAAACUUAAAUAAUGAUGGCAUCGACCCCAACCCUACCUAUUGGCUUUCCGAAUACUCUCCUCUAAAAUUCCCUUUAAACCAACCUCAUUAUGCUUUCAUGAAAAUCAUGGGAUUGAUGGAUAGAACAUUGAGAAACUUGGCUAUUGAUGAAUCUAUGAGAGGUCAAAGCCAUUUCAGGGAGGAUGCCGCAAAUUUUAUGAUUAACCCAUUCAAUCGUUUGCCAGUGAUUACUCAUUCAGAGGAACAAACUCUUUCGUCGUCCCCUUUUAGUCAUACAAGCAGUGCAGCGUCGUUGACUAGCUCAUUUGACUCCAGCAACAAUUCAGUGGCCUUCUCUCAAGAUGAUGCACACGCAUUUACAUCCUUGGAAAACUCUGAAAGUCUUCAUAAUAGCGAAAACUCUAGUGAACUACAACAUGAAGCAUCCACUACUUCUGACUCCAAUACAAAUACUUUUGAUAAAGGAUCAAGGUCUACUGAACACGAUUAA